AGGAAGCAUUGCAAAUAACAAAACCAUGAAGGAACUUCUCAAGAGAAGUCUCUGGAGAGGAAUUCUUCUGUAUGUCUACGUGUUCCUUGGGGGCUGUUUAUUUUACUAUAUUGAAAGAAAGCCUGAAAGAAACCAAGAAUUGUCUUCAAGGCUAUUGAGGGAGCUUCAGCGUGGAUUCGCAGUUAAGUACAACAUCUCAAUUAACGAAAGUCAUUUUCGACGCUUCGCGCAGAAAGCGUUUGAUGCCGUUCAUGUGGGAACUAAACCGGAUUGGGGUAUUUUCACUGGUAUGACUUUCACAAUAACAACUUUGACAACAAUUGGUAGGUGACUGGCUAGAUGCUGACUUUAAUUCCGUUAGUUACAAGUAGCAUGACUUCCCCAUCUUCGACAUAUGUUCCCAAGAAGCUUUUACCUUGGUGGCUCGAUGGACCCACUGUUAUUUACCAAAGAAAAAUUAAUCUGUUAGAAUGAUCUUCUUUAUAACUUUUUCUUGGAGGGGGAGAGGAUUGGGGGGUGAGGGGGAUCUUCCAUUUGUUCAUUGCGAUCUACAUGAAACGAUCGAAAUUAUACCAUGACCGUUAACUAUUGGGUAAUUUUAAAGAUUAAUUUUAAUUUUGACUAAAUUUCGUUUCUUUCUUCGCUGAUGAUGACCCAGAACUUAACAUACCUCCAAAACUUUUCCCUUUUUGCCGCACUUAAGAGGGGCAAUAUAUCAUACUGCAUAAUUUUCAAGCUGCAGUCUUGAAGUCCUGCAUAUCAUAACACUCUUUUGUCUCGCUGAAAGAUAGAAAAGAAAAUUAACUCUAUUGUUGACAGUAAGAGGUAGGAGCAGAAAAGUCAGUCCAUCAAUUCGUCCCAUUGUGCUGAGUCAUGUUUUUAUUAAUUUUUUUUAUCUUUGAUUCCAGGAUAUGGCCAUAUUACUCCAGAAACGUCACUCGGUCAAUUACUCACUAUACUUUACUGUCUUUUUGGGCUUCCUAUAUCACUGCUCACCUUGAAAACGUUUGGAGAGAUAGUCUCAAGGAUUGUUCACAGAAUCGUAUGCGUAAUAGAGAAAAGAGUGCUUUGCAGAGAGAGACCCACAAACAUAAAAUUGAAAAGUUUUUUCUUGACGUCAAUUCUGAUGUUUUUGACAUUAUGUGCUGGUGGACUCACACAAAAGUAUGUGGAGGGCUGGACUUUUACCGAAGGCCUGUACGCAUGGUUUGCUACACUUUCUACCAUUGGGUAUGGUGACUAUGUUCCCAUGUGGAAUUUGCUGAAGGGAAAGGGAAACUCUUUGAAUGGCCUCUGGUUUCUUCUUUACUCGCUAUCUUUGCCAAGUCUGGCAGCUCUCUCAGUAGUUUCUGGUCUACUAAAUUCACUCGUUGAAGCGCUCGCAGAGUUCCGAUUUCACCUUACGGCUUGCUACAAAAAUGUCAAGAAUAAAAAGAGGACCUGUCAAGGUCGCCAAGAAGAAUUGAUCCUUAGACGAGUUUUAUUGGAGAGCUACAGAGAAGCGAAGUAUAAGGAGGGCAACAUAAGGCCACGAUCUGCUUCUGUUUAA